UGACAUAGAUGGAACAAGAGAUGUAAGUCUGUUGAAUAGUUUUUAUUUUUUGUGCAUAUAUGGGGUUCAUCACUUUCAAAAUCUUUUCAACGUUGUUUAUUACCUUCGUAGGGAUGUCAUGUAAACUAGGAAUUUCAUUAUUUCCAUGUGGCGUAGUUGACUGCCUUCCCACUGGAAGAUUUCAAGAGGGAACUUUUCCAAGCUAUGCGGUGUUGAUUUGUCUUAGGCUGAAUUUAAAUCAAAGAUUUUUCAACAGUUUUCAAAUUUACAUGCAGUACACUUAAAGAGUAACUUGGAUUUACUAUUUGGUUGUCUCGGCUCUUGGUUUUUAUCACAUUAUGUUCGUCGUCUUGUGAUACAGGAAUUAGACAAUGUUUAUUUAUGCGGUGACCAUUUAGAACUUGAAGAAAUUAUUAUAGAGACUUAUGACUCGCCGUUCUGAGCGUACAUGCUACUUCUGACCGUUUGAUUUUUGUCUCAGUUGAUUUUUAAAAUCAGUGAAAGAUAAAUUAUUGGUCACAAGUGACAAUGUUGGAUUUUGAAGUAACGAACAAUUCUUUUAUUCUUUUACGUUCCCACUGAAAAAUGGGGCUUCAAGCUAGAGACUUGAAGUUUCUGUAGCAGUGGUGAUUAUUUUUACAGGAUUGGGUUGGUAGCCUCAUGCCCAGCCUUCCGUCUCUACCAGUCUUGUUACUGGCUUAGUAAGGUAAAGGAGCGUGUCGUCCGGGAUCGAACCCUGAACCAUCUCCGUGGUCUGCGGGCAUUCUACCGCUGUGUCACCGACGCACUAACGAACAAAAGUGCAAAGCAAUUACCGGGAUAUUGUUUUCGGAUAUUUAGAGGUUGGGUCUGAUUUCAUUGCGAAAUCUACUAGCUGUCAGUGGUUUAGUUCUCAAAAACAUUCUAUUUCUGUUCCCUUUCAGUUAAAAAUUCCUAAUAAGCAGUGGGAAAGCCUACUAGUCGUACGCAGGUAUAAAAUAUUUACGUACAUUUUGGAUUGCCGCACACCAUCUCCGAACUCUUGAUAGCAGUGUUUAGGAUAUCUCUGUUUCAACCCAAACCUAAAAGUAGUUUUAGUUAACUUUUGUUACGUCAUAUUGUGAAUCAUAUCUAGGGAAGUUUAAGGUUGCAUGAGUGUUAUGAUGGAUAUAUCUUUAAGUGGGAGAUAAUUAAAAUUAUACAGCUAUUUCUUUAAAAUUAGUUUUGUGCAUAUUAUACAAGCCUAAUUACUGUUGUAUGUGCACUUACAAAAUCUUUUUACCACUUAUUUUGAAUAUUUUAAAGGCACCACUGACUCCGACAGCCUUCGGUGCUACCUUGCCUCUCAAUAAUUCAGACGGAUCCUUUUAUCAAGUUAAUUCGGCUCAUUCUAUUUCAGGAGCGAACAACGUAUGUAGUGAUAGAGUGGAUGGUAAUGUAAUGCAAACGUUUACUGAUAAGGAUCAACAUGAUCAUUUCAAAACAUCUCAAGAUGUCCUCAACAAACAGAAAGUGUCUGUUAAAAUAAAACAUAACCACUCGAAAAAGUCUCACAAAGGCUCAAUGAAUAUGCAGGCUGUAUUUCUACAUGUGCUAGCUGAUUUCAUGGGUUCUGUUAUUGUUGUAAUUAGCGCACUAGUAUUGUGGUUGGUGCCUGGGGAAGUUUCUAAGGGCGAAGCAGUUUGGAAACUGUACAUUGAUCCGGCUAUGAGCAUACUGAUGGUUACCAUAAUCUUGAUCACUGCUAUACCCCUCAUGUACAAAGCUACAUUAAUUUUGUUGCAAUCCGUUCCCAGUGAGAUUUGUUUGAAGAAUUUAAAAGCGCGCAUGGAAAAUAUUGAUGGGAUACAUAAAAUUCACGAUUUACAUGUUUGGCGUCUACAAAGCAAUUGUAUAAUUGGGACUGUUCAUAUUCGUUGUGUUAGUCUACCGGAUUAUUUAAAUAUUGCGCGUGAAGUCAAACAGCUAUUCCAUGAAUUCAAUAUACAUUGUACAACAAUACAACCAGAAUUCGAAGAGGAUACCGAAGGAUCGCCGUCAGAUUAUCUAACCUGUGUAUUAGAUUGUGGUCCAAACAAAAAUUGUCAAUCAGAUACAUGUUGUCCUGCAUCGAAUGCGGUAACAUCACAGUCGAUCCCGUUGAAUGCGCUCUCCGCGUCACAGAAUUCCGUGGAUCCAGUAUUGAAUAAUGCAUCGAAAUAUGAACAAAACAAUUCACCAGAUAGAGACGUACGCCUUACCCUUAGUACUAACCCUUGACUCUACCAAUAACACACGGUCUUCCAUUUCGAUUCAAUAAAUGUUUUGUAUGUUUAAAAAUAAAAGGAAGAAGAAAAACGUUUCUCUUUGAACAUUUCUUUGUUGUUUUUCUUUUUUUUUAAUGAUAGUGUUUUUUGAUCCUGCAGAAUUUAAAAAAAUAAUAAUAAUAAUCCUAGAUACAAUAUGAACAAUUCACCCCUGUGUAUUUUAAAUAAUUUUAUUACACUCUCAACCUCCUCCUCUGCUCAAUAUUCAUUCUUUUAAAUAAUGCCAAUCAAAACAGAAAAAUGUGUAUACAUGAAUAUAUAUUUCAUCAUAUGUUCGUUUUACACUUCUGACCAAAUAUUAUGCAACACUUAUGGUCAUGUAAAAUACAAAAAUUACGCUUACAUCUCAAUUAUUAUUAUUUUGCUGACUCCAUGAAGUUAAUUUGUUCAAAUGUUUUCCUUAAUAUUUUUUUGUGAGUUUUAAAUAUUUAUGUAUAAUAAAUAGUAUGGUAAUAAUACGGUCAUCAAUGUGUAUUUCUGGAAGCAUUUGUUGCGUGAAUAUAUACAUAUAUAUAUAUUUACAUGAACAAGAAAAUCUGUUUCUUUCGUGUUCCCCCUCCUGUUCCCUCCCUACCACCACCACACACGCACUGCUCAAAAUGCCUUUCUCAAGAGUAAUUAAAGAAAGGUGAAAGAAAAAAUAAUAACCAAAUUGCAAUUAUAAUUGUUCUUAUUACUACCGUACAUUGUUUUUUUUAAGUUUUACGUCCACAUAUCAAGUGGAGACGUUGAAGACAGCACAAAGAAUUACCCUGAUUGUAGUUAUAUAUAUACAUUUCCUAAUUAUUCUUUUUUUAUCCUUUCAUUCUCUCUCUCUCUUUCUAUUUCCUUAUUGUGUUUAUAUAUAACUUAUGAAUCUUUUACAAGAAACCACUUUUCUUAAAUACUGUAACCCUGACAGUAUAUAUAUAUAUAUAUAUAUGAAUCUGUAUACACUUACAACCGACUGAGCAUCUUCUGUUUUGCAUCCUACAUAUUCUUUAUUAUUAUUAUUAUGCAAAUGCAACAACAUUUUAUGAGUUUUUUUGAUUAAGUUUUGAAAAAAACAAAACAAAGAGUAUCCUGUACUACUAUUUGUUUGUUUGUCUGUCAGUCUGUCACAAUUGGUAUGAAGCUUUUUUGGUAAAUGAAAAGUG